CGAAGCCGCUACCGCUCGCAUCGCUCAGGAGUUAAACCUUAACUAGUUAUAACAUGACUUCGACUCUCCUACCCGGUAACAUCGUGUACGGCGGUUCUGUGACCGCCCAGGAUGGCCAGAACUCCAGAUCUUUGGGCCAGUACGUCCUGGACAAGUACAAGAGCUUCGGCGACCGAACUAUGUUGGUGGAUGCUGCCAAAGGUGUGGAGUACUCGGCCAGCUUCAUGCACAAGUCCAUUGUCCGGCUGGCCUACAUUCUUCAGAAAUUGGGCGUGAAACAGAACGACGUCAUCGGUCUGUCCAGCGAGAACAGCGUUAACUUUGCCCUGGCCAUGUUCGCCGGCUUUGCAGUGGGUGCUACAGUGGCUCCUCUUAACGUGACCUACUCGGAUCGCGAGGUCGAUCAUGCCAUCAACCUAUCCAAGCCCAAGAUCAUAUUUGCCUCCGAGCUUACUUUGGAUCGAGUGGCGAAAGUGGCUAGCAAGAACAAGUUCGUCAAAGGUAUCAUCGCCAUCAACGGCAGCUCCAAGAACUUCAAGAACAUCCAUGACCUCAAGGAGCUGAUGGACAACGACAAGUUCAAGACCCCAUCGGAGUUUACGUCCCCGCUGGCUAAUAAGAACGAGGAUGUGGCCCUGAUUGUGUGCUCUUCGGGAACCACGGGACUGCCCAAGGGGGUGCAGAUCACCCAACUAAAUGUGCUAACCACCCUCGACUCACAACUAAAGCCCACUGAAAUACCUAUGGAAGAGACAACUGUGCUAACCGUAAUUCCGUGGUUCCACGCCUUCGGCUGCCUUACGCUGGUCAUCUACACUUGCAUGGGCUCCCGGCUAGUGUUCCUGCUGAAAUUCGAGGAGAACCAGUUCUUGUCGGCGAUCGAGAAGUAUCGCGUGAUGAUGGCCUUCAUGGUGCCCCCGUUGAUGGUAUUCCUAGCCAAGCACCCCAUCGUAGACAAGUACGAUCUGUCCUCGCUGAUGGUUCUGCUGUGUGGAGCCGCACCACUGAGUCGCGAGACCGAGGACCAGAUCAAAAAGCGUAUUGGAGUACCUUUUAUACGCCAGGGCUACGGACUGAGUGAGGCCACUUUGGGCGUACUGGUUCAGAACGAUGAUUUCUGCAAACCUGGUAGCGUCGGCAUUCUUAAGGUGGGCAUCUACGCCAAGGUCAUCGAUCCGGACACUGGCAGGAUUCUAGGUGCCAACGAGCGGGGCGAACUAUGCUUUAAGGGCGACGCCAUCAUGAAGGGAUAUAUUGGGGAUACCAAGUCCACACAGACGGCCAUCAGAGAUGGCUGGCUGCACACCGGUGACAUUGGGUACUACGAUGACGAUUUCGAGUUCUUUAUUGUGGACCGCAUCAAGGAGCUGAUCAAGUACAAGGGCUUCCAGGUGCCUCCAGCCGAGAUUGAGGCUCUGCUGCUCACCCACGAGAAGAUCAAGGAUGCAGCAGUCAUUGGCAAGCCGGACGAAGAGGCCGGCGAGCUGCCGCUGGCUUUCGUGGUGAAGCAAGCCAAUGUCCAGCUGAGCGAGAAUGAUGUCAUUCAGUUCGUGAACGAGCUCGCCUCGCCGGCCAAGCGGCUUAGGGGUGGCGUGAUCUUCGUGGAAGACAUUCCAAAGAACCCUAGUGGGAAGAUCCUGCGUCGAGUUCUGCGCGACAUGCUCAAGAAGCCAAAGUCCAAGCUGUAAGGGCAACGGAUUGCUCUGCUUUUCUUGGUUUAUGAUUUAUUAUUGCUAAGCGUGUAAUAAACUACAAACUGGCUUAGGUUUGUAUUUACUUUUGUUUU